AUGGAACCACAGAAUAUAACAAGUGUCCCUGACUUCAUCCUCCUGGGCCUUUCAGAUGAUCCAGAACUUCAGACUCCCCUCUUCACAAUGUUCUUCUCCAUUUAUCUGGUUGCUGUGUUGGGGAAUCUGCUCAUUAUCCUGGCCAUCAGCUCGGAUAGCAACCUCCAUACCCCUAUGUACUUCUUCCUUUCCAAUCUGUCCCUGGCUGACAUUGGUUUCACCUCCACCACAGUCCCAAAGAUGCUUAAUGAUAUCCAUACACACCACAAAAUCAUACCUUAUGAAAGCUGCCUGAUUCAACUGUCACUGGUAAUUUUUUUUGCGUGUAUGGACAGUCUGCUCCUCACUGCAAUGGCCUAUGAUAGGUUUGUGGCCAUCUGUCACCCCCUGCACUAUCCAAUCAUUAUGAAUCCCCGAUUCUGCGGUCUGCUGGUUUUAAUAUCUUUUAUCACUAGCCUUUUGGAUUCCCUGCUGCACUGCUUGGUGGUGUCACAACUUACCUUCUGCACAGAUGUGGAAAUCCCUAGUUUCUUCUGUGAUGUUCCACAACUCCUCAGUCUCGCCUGUACAGUUACUUCAACCACUACGGUAUUAGUCUAUUUCAUGAUUGCUAUCUUCGGUGGUGUUCCGGUCUCAUUGAUCCUUUUCUCUUAUAAGCGAAUCGUUUCCUCUAUUCUGAAAGUUCCAUCAUCAGGUGGAAAGUAUAAGGCUUUUUCCACCUGCGGCUCUCACCUGUCAGUUGUUUGCUUAUUUUAUGGAGCAGGUAAUGGAGUGUACCUCAGCUCAAUUUUUUCACCCUCUCUUAGGAGUGGUGCAGUGGCCUCAGUGGUGUAUACUGUCAUCACCCCCAUGCUGAAUCCUUUCAUCUACAGCUUGAGAAACAGGGACAUCAAGAAGGCCCUGCAGAAGAUCCUUAGCAGAACAGUCUCUCUUUAA